AUGAUGGAGAAGGAAGACUUAAAGGUCAUCAACAAGGGUGAAGAUGAAGAGAUGGAAAUGCAAGGCUACCGUUUGUGCCGCUGGCGAUUGGCACUGGUGGGUCUUGGGGUACUCUGUUCAGGGGGCUUCCUACUACUGCUGCUCUACUGGAUGCCAGAGUGGUGUAUCAAGGCCACCUGCAUCCCUACCACAGCCUGUGAUGCCGAAGUGGUGUUGCUGCGAUCUACGGAUGAGUUCCGGCGCUGGUUCCUGGCUAAGGUUCGUGUGAUUCUAGCCCCAGGAAGCAACCCCUUCCACAACCUGGAGACCCAGACCACCUCCCCCUCCUCUCCUUGCACCCCUUCCUCUCCCCUUUCUUCCACCACAUCUAUGGCCAAUGGAGACACACACCACCCUUCUGAUGGGAUCCCCACUUGGGAGCUCAUCAGAAGGUAUGUUGACUACCAGCCCACAAAGAUUCGUUAUUUUACCCUCCAUAGUACAAAAUAUUAUUGGAAUGACAGAGUUCAGAACUUUGAAGUGCUAACCGGGCUUGAUGAUCUCCAUGUCACCGCUGCCACUCUCCAUUCAGAGCACAGCAAAGGCCUAACCAGGAACCAGCAGGAGUACAGAAGACUGUUUUUUGGAAUGAAUGAAAUUGAAGUGAAAGUGCCUUCUGUUUUCAAGCUGCUUAUCAAAGAGGUCCUAAAUCCUUUCUAUAUCUUCCAGCUCUUCAGCAUUAUUUUGUGGAGUGCCGAUGAAUAUUACUAUUAUGCUGCUGCCAUUCUCAUCAUGUCGUUUAUAUCCAUAGCUACCUCUCUCUACACCAUCAAAAAGCAAUAUGUCAUGCUUCAUGAUAUGGUGGCAGCUCACAGUAUUGUCCGUGUAUCUGUAUGCCGAGCCAACAACGAUAUUGAAGAGGUUAUGUCUACUGAUUUGGUGCCUGGAGAUGUAAUAGUCAUCCCCAGCAAUGGGACCAUUAUGCCAUGUGAUGCCGUAUUGGUCAGCGGCACUUGCAUUGUCAAUGAAAGCAUGCUUACAGGUGAAAGUGUUCCAGUGACAAAGACCAACCUUCCAAACCAGUUGCUUGGGGAAAGUGGUGAUGAGCCUAUGAUUUCUUACAGCAUAGAUGAGCACAAGAGACACACACUCUUCUGUGGCACACAUGUCAUCCAGACUCGUUUUUACACUGGCGAAUUGGUCAAAGCUGUAGUUGUCCGCACAGGCUUCAGCACAGCUAAAGGCCAGUUGGUACGCUCCAUCCUUUACCCCAAACCCACAGACUUCAAGCUCUACCAUGAUGCCUACCUUUUUCUGUUGUGUCUGGUGGGUGUAGCUGGAAUUGGCUUUGUCUACUCCAUCGUCCUGAGCAUCAUGAACAAGGUGUCAGCCAAGACCAUCAUCAUCGAAUCCCUAGACAUCAUCACCAUCACAGUUCCUCCAGCGCUCCCCGCAGCUAUGACUGCUGGUAUUGUGUAUGCCCAACGACGCCUUAAAAAUAUUGGCAUUUUUUGCAUCAGCCCACAAAGGAUAAAUAUUUGUGGGCAGAUCAAUCUGGUUUGCUUUGACAAGACGGGAACUCUUACUGAAGAUGGUUUAGACCUUUGGGGAGUCCAAAGAAUAGAGAAUGGCAGUUUCCAGCAAACAGAUGAAAAAGCCUCCAAGGAAAGUCUAGUAAAGUCCCAGUUUGUCGCUUGCAUGGCCACCUGCCAUUCUCUCACUAAAAUUGAGGGCCAAUUGUCUGGAGACCCACUGGACCUCAAAAUGUUUGAGGCUACUGGCUGGAUCCUGGAGGAAGCCACUGAAGAAGAAACUGCUUUGCACAAGCAUAUCAUGCCGACUGUCGUCAGACCCACGAAACAGCUGUUGCCGCCACAGCCCAUUUCCCCAGAGCAGGACAUGGAACUUUAUGACAUGCCUUCCCAGUAUGAGAUAGGUAUAGUGCGGCAGUUUCCAUUUUCCUCUGCACUCCAGAGGAUGAGUGUGGUUGCACGGCUGCUAGGGGAGAAACGUAUGGAUGCCUACAUGAAGGGAGCACCGGAGGUGGUGGCUCGCUACUGUAAGACUGAAACAGUGCCACUUAAUUUUGCUGAUGUCUUGGAGGGCUAUACCAAGCAAGGUUUCAGAGUCAUAGCUCUUGCUCACCGUCGUCUUGAAUCUAAACUCACGUGGCACAAGGUCCAGAAUGUAAGCAGAGAUAACAUUGAAAUCAACAUGGAGCUCCUGGGUUUAAUAAUCAUGCAGAAUAAAUUGAAAAAAGAAACACCGGCUGUGCUGCAAGAUCUCCACAGAGCCAACAUUCGUACUGUCAUGGUUACAGGCGAUAACAUGCUGACUGCCAUCUCUGUCGCUCGGGAUUGUGGAAUGAUCCUUCCACAGGACACAGUCAUAAUUUCGGAUGCUUUCCCCCCACACGAUGGACAGACUGCCAGAAUCACCUGGAGGUGUGCCGACAAGCAAAAUGUCGUAUCAGAUCUGGAGGAUGUAAACAUUAGCCUUGGGAAGAGCUGUCAUGAUGAGAAGCCCAAAGAACAAGAGCGGUACCAUUUUGCCAUGAACGGAAAGUCAUUUGCAGUCAUCUUGGAGCAUUUCCCAGACAUGCUUCCAAAGUUGGUGUUACAUGGCACUGUGUUUGCUAGAAUGGCCCCAGAUCAGAAAACCCAACUCGUUGAGGCACUACAAGAUGUAGACUACUUUGUGGGGAUGUGUGGAGAUGGAGCAAAUGAUUGUGGGGCUUUAAAAAGGGCUCAUAGUGGAAUCUCAUUGUCAGAGCUUGAGGCCUCUGUAGCUUCUCCAUUCACUUCCAGAACGCCGAACAUUUCUUGUGUCCCAAGUCUCAUUAGGGAGGGUCGUGCUGCUCUCAUCACAUCCUUUUGUGUGUUCAAGUUCAUGGCCCUUUACAGCAUUAUCCAGUACAUUAGUGUCACUCUCCUCUACUCUAUUUUGAGUAACCUCGGGGAUUUCCAGUUCCUCUUCAUCGACAUAGCCAUCAUCCUCGUCAUUGUUUUCACUAUGAGUCUGAACCCAGCAUGGAAAGAGCUAGUUGCACAACCUCCUCCAUCAGGCCUGAUCUCCGCGCCUUUGCUCUUCUCUGUGUUGAGCCAGAUCCUCAUCUGUUUUGGUUUCCAGAUUCUUGCAUUUAUUUGGGUCCAACACCAGCCCUGGUACACAGUCUGGACACCUCUUUCAGAUGCCUGUAAUAUGUCGUCACACAGAAAUAUGUCUGGCCUCAACGACACUGAAAUGGAUGACCGCAACAUCCAGAACUAUCAAAACACCAGCCUUUUCUAUGUGUCCUGCUUCCAAUACCUUAUUGUUGCGAUUGUCUUCUCAAAGGGCAAACCUUUUAGGCAACCAAGUUACAAGAAUUGGCCUUUUGUCACGACUGCUGUGAUUUUGUACAUUUUCCUCCUGACCAACAUGUUCUACCCUGCUGAACCCAUUGAUGAAUUCCUCCAGAUUGUUUGCAUUCCACUAGAUUGGAGACUGAAACUCCUCCUUAUUAUUGUGGUCAAUGCUGUCGUGUCUGUUGUGGUAGAGACCUUCAUCACUGACUUCAUCUUAUGGAAGUUUGUGUUCAGCAGAGACAAGCAGGGCAUCGCGCCUGCUGCCUCACCACCACAGAAUGGGAUUGAGCUGACAGCAGAAAAAUGUCUGUCCUGCCCAAGCAAAGUGAACCACAAAGCUCGCUACAUGCAUCUGGCCCAGGAGCUCAGCGUGGACCCAGACUGGCCCCCCAAACCAACCACUACUACUGAAGCCAAGGCCUGUCCUGAAAAUGGCUCCGCUCAUCAAAAUGUGUGCAUUUCCUAG